AUGUCUUGUCGUCAUGCCCUAACGAUUGAAGCACUGACUCCAAAUGCUCACCAUCUAGCAAAGGAAAUAAUUGUCAAAGGAUUAAAAGAACGUUUCGGAGAGGAAAAUUUUGAUGAAUCUUUUAAUCCUGAUUUGAAUCAAUUACAUGAAGCAUUUGUUUAUUUUUGUGUUGGCAAUGUCCAAAGUGUCAAUGAUCACGAAGACUCAUUGAACGAUGAAAAUUAUUCUUGUACAAACCACUGUAACAACAAUCAAUUAAUGAUUGCUACUGGUGGUCUUUCACUCGAUUUUAAAUAUUUUGGAAAGGAUGAGUGUUGUUUUAGAAUUGAAAGAGUUUCUGUUUUGAAAGAAUUCAGACGAAGAGGAUAUGCUUCACAAAUUGUUUCACAUUUAAUGGACGUUGCAAAGCAAAUCGUUGCAAUGAUGGAUCGUAAUAAUAUUCACACAAGUAGUAGCGGCGGAGUUGAUCAUGGUUCAAAUGUGUUUCAUGAGGUGUAUGAAAAAAUUGAGAAAUUACAACCCAUGAAAUUGAAUCGCAAAAUUGUGGUCGAGACUGAUACUCCUUGGAUUGAAGCUGUGGAGCUUUACAAAAAGAAGGGAUUCACAGUGGUUUGUGAAAAAGAAGGAUGCACCCAUUUUGAACUUGAUUUUUAA